AUGUGUGAUAUUUUACCAGGCAUUGUGAUGAGCCAACCGUCAAUUGAUCAGACCAGUGUGUUACAGCAUCACGCCAAUGUAGACGAUACAAUACGCAUGGAUUGUAAAGUCAUGAACGUUGGCACAUCUACGGUGACAUGGACAUUUGUGGACCACGAUGUUUUGAUCUCCUCUGGCUACGACGUUUUUACUGAACAGGGUGUAGAGUCACGUUACAGUGUCCAGCGUCCAGCAGAUAGUGGCCUGUACGCUUUCUAUACACUGGUGAUAAGUGGUCUUCAGGAGGAGGACGCAGGCCAUUACAUGUGUGACAUACAAGGAACCGAUAUUUCAUCUGUCCACACCCUCAAUAUCACAGAGGCGCCACCAAAACCUGAGGUUCCAAAUGUGAGCCAGAACUUCAAUUUUACAGAAUGCUGUGUCAAUGAGAAUGUGUCCAGUUCCUGUAUGCCUGCCUGUAACCCUUACUCUGUCAGUGUUAGCUUUGAUCCUGCCACUGCCUGUAGUACAGAUCUUUAUAAAAUCCUCAGAUGUGGCUCAGAGGGUAAGAACCAUGCUGGCUGUUGUAAAAGAAGACUGGUACCAAACAAGUGUUUGGAUCUCUGUCUUGGAAGACUUCCGUCCAAUGCUGAUGACUCAUACCUUUCCUGUCUAAACCACGUCAUGGACAUGUUCGCAUGUGUGGAGCAGGGCAGAGACCUGUUGCCGAGCCCCCCUGUCUCUGUAUCAGCUGUGGCUACCUCACAAUUCGACUCCAUACUGGUGGCAUGGCAGAAACCUCUGGAUAAUAGUGAUAUUGUGACAUCGUACAGGAUUCAUUACAAAGUCAGCAUGAGUGGCACUCUAUAUUCUAGUACACCUUUGAUUGACAAGCAUGACAUGCUGUUCUCCCUAUCAAACCUAGUAAAGAACACUGAAUAUGUGAUGUAUGUGACCGCCAGCUCUGACCAUGGAUCGAGCCAGCCGUCCGAAUUUGUUUAUGCUACCACUAGAAGCGGUGAACGGGAUCAGUCAGCUUGCUGUGGUAGAAUGCAUGUCCCGGAACAUUGCUUCAGUUUCUGUGGUGGUAAUAACAUCGCCUUCUCCUGGAACAUCACCCAGUGUAUCAUGAGAAUGGCAGUUAUUGAUGGUUGUAUAGAGGAAGGCAGAGAUAUCAUCCCCGUAGCCCCGACACAAUUUCAACUUGUGAGGUUAGAAUGGAACACAGCGGAAUUCUCCUGGGAAAAGGCUGGCACUGCUGUUACUACUUCAUACGAUUUAUUCUACAGAACAAUAUUCCCCCCAGACACAGCAUAUCAGAAGUUGACUGUAUCUGGUAACACAGAAGCAGUGAUAAACGGCUUGCAGGAACUGACACAAUAUGAGGCGUUUGUAGUCGCUAAGAAUGAAAACUUCACAAGUCUUCCAACAUCUUCUAUAGGAUUUCUCACCUAUGCCAAACCACGGUCUCCUCCAACACCAGCACCAACAACUGCACCAAAUCUUUUCUACAACUAUACGGCCUGUUGCAUUGAAAGAGACAUGCCAGCAAAGUGUCUACCUUUAUGUGACUAUGAUCACUUCAAGGGGGACAUCAAUUUUGGUCUUGCCCUUGAAUGCGGUGACCACAUACUUUCUCUUCUCAUUUGCGGCUCAGAUGGGCGUAAUCACGAAAGUUGUUGUAAGACAAAGGGUGUUAUGGAUACAUGUAUACCCCUGUGUAGUGUGACCAGCUAUGAUGAUGUUCCCGAUGCUAUCCAUGCGAAUCCAAUCAUGUGUGCAGGAUACACGCUACCCAUAGCACAAUGCUACACUGAGGGAAUAGUUUCCCUCCCUAUGGCUCCACAGAGUGUUCAGGUGAUGUUGGUUACAGCCCACUCAAUCCAGCUGAGCUGGGAUCCCCCUACUCGAGGCCCUCAUCCCCAGAACUACACAGUUCUCUAUCAGAUGGAAAACUCGGAAUCGUGGCAAAUGCAAACUGCCACUAAAAUACCAUUCAACCUAGUAGGUCUGAAGGAUGAAACACGUUAUAGUAUCAAGGUUGUCUCCGUCAAUGAGAAUGGCACGAGUGUUCCUUCCUAUGUCAUCAUGCAAGCCACUCUGCCAUACUAUGGUGAUAAAACCUGUGAAUAUGUUCGCUAUCCCAACAAGACACUCACAUAUGAGACGGCUGUGCCAAGGACGGCUACCAGUACCAACACGAAAGAGGAGUGCGAGUCUGUCUGUAAUCAGACCGACACUCUGGCAGCCUGUUUGGGCUACACGUACGACAAUACUGGCAGUGGAACAUGUGAGAUCUUCUUGACCAACGAUGGGGCUAAACUUGAGGAUAAACCUGGCACAGACUUGUACAGGAAGAAGUGUGAUAUAAUUGGUAUGUCAGAAGGUCCAUCAAGUAAUGAUACGGAGAACCAGACAGCAUCAUGGACCAACAGAACAGACUGUUGUCAGAGUUCAGAUAUCAGUGCUGAGUGCCAGUCAGUGUGUAUGAUGGAGGCUCCAGUCAUGUCUCCUCUGGUGUGUGAUAUGGACUUUAACAAAGUGCUGGCAUGUGUAGCAGAUGGACGAGACCAUUCAAGAUGCUGCAAGUCUAAUGGUGUACCAACACCAUGUCUGGGCUACUGUCAAGGUCAAGCGUUGCCUCAGGACACAGUCGGAGCCCUGUGUCUUAGUUAUGUCGGCUCCAUCGUCACAUGUUUCAGCCAAGGAUUAAUGAACCUACCAAGUCCUCCCCAACAGUUCAAGGUGGUUGAAAAACAUGCCCGGUAUAUAUUGGUGUCCUGGAGUCGUCCAAAAGAAAACUGUCCCGACUCCGAAUGUUUCUAUGUUCUCCAGUACAUCAACCCUGGAGGAAGUGCAGUUAAGAUGCGGAUGAAUAAUACUUUAUACAAUAUUACGGGUCUUUCUCCAGAAACCCAGUACACUAUUAGUGUGACAGCUUACAACAGGAACGGCAGCAGUCUGCCGGCUCCUCAGGUCACUGUUGCUACCUUUCCAGCAGGUUUUAUGGACAUCAGUGUGACCCAGAGCCCCCAGGGAGUUUUGCCAAAGGGCCAAUCAGUACAGCUAAUCUGUGAUGCCUAUGGCAAUCCGACCCCGACAUCUGUUUACUGGAUACUGAACAACAAGCAAACUAUGAACUCCCGUAUCAUCACUCUCACUGCUGACGAAGACUCGGAAGGUUUAUACAAGUGCAUGGCAUCUGUUCCCAAUCUAGCCACUUCAACAAGAAGUCUCAACCUAAAUGUCAGAUACUCCCCAACCAUGUCACAGAUUAAGGGAGACAAAGUACCGUCAGUUGACAUGGGAUACAGGGCAACCCUCCUCUGUAGCUUUAGAGGAUUUCCUACGACUGUUACAUGGUAUAAGGAUGAUAAAGACCUCCCUGUCAGCUAUAGAAUGUCCACCAACCAGCAUCCUAACUUAGAGUCACAUGAGCUUCGUGCUGAACUGGAAAUUUUACUUGUGCGUGAUGCUGACCUGGGAAAGUACACCUGUCAGGGGUCAAAUGAGUUUGGAUCCCACAAUGGAACAGUGUAUUUAAAGAAGGAUUACAAAACUCCUACCCCAUCUCCCACCAUUUUGCCAUCUCCAGUGAGGAAUGUGUCAGUCUGCUGUCAGGAUAGGAAUGUGAUUGGGGUAUGCAUGGAUUUGUGUACCUACAGAGUUGACCUUACAUUAGUCGUACAGAACCCCGUCAAAUAUUCACCAUGUAUAGCAUAUUUUGAGGACUACGUGACUUGCGCCACAGAUGGUAAAGAUCACACCCAGUGUUGCAAGAAAAAUGGAGUGUCUGCCUUCUGUCAGGACUUCUGUGGUAGUGUUGUCCCUGACAUAGACGACCCUAGAAUCUAUGAAUGUGUUGAUCAAGUGGAACCUAUCUUAACUUGUGUAGAAGAAGGUGUAGUUACGAUACCAUCUCCUCCGUUGAAUGUUGUGGCACUGUUGAAGGGUCACAUUAUUGAAGUGAACUGGGACCCGCCAACUGACAACAACAAUGUAGAGCUGUAUCAGAUCUGGUAUAGGUACAAUGGUGAAGCAAAGCACGCAUCAGUAUCAAAAACGACCUACACGUGGUCACUAGAUCACCCCGAGAUCACUACAUACCAAUUCUGGGUCAUCGCAAAGAACAAGGCCGGUCAGAGUCUGCCAGGAUAUGCCAGAAAUCUCACCAUAAGAGGCAUUCCGCCCUCAGAGCCAAAAGCUGUGCAAGGAACGAUAAAGAACUAUAAUCAGAUUGUGUUGGAAUGGACACCUCCAGAGAAAGGGCCAGUGCUAGACUACACAGUCUUCUUCAGUACAAAAGGAGCAUCUAACAUGAAAAUCACAACGGACACUACAUUGACGCUGACAGGACUGAACUAUGAAACGCUGUACACUAUCAUGGUGGCUGCAAAUAAUGAGUAUGGGAUUGGCAGUAACUCAACAAAGAUUCUAGUUCAAACAAAUAAAGCACCAAAGGUGACCACUUUGGAGCAGAAAGGUGGGACCAAUGCUGGUGUAGUGGUUGGUGUGGUCAUACUUGUCCUGGUGAUCCUGGCAGCAGGGGUACUGGCUUUCCUGUUUAUCAGGUUUGAUUUUUAA